AUGCCCUCCGACUUCCUAUCACCGUUCCUGGAGCUGGAUGAGGAGUUCUGCAAGAAUUUCCGCGGCCUGGAGGCGACAGAUGGACCAUCUGCCGGCUCAAUGCAGCAACGGCAGCAGCACACUCAAAGGGUCCUGGGCUUCCAGCGCCGCCAUUCCCUCUGCCCGGUGACCCUCCCCAACUCCAAGUUCAACCACAGCAGCAGCAGCAGCAGCAGCUCGGAGCUGCCGGAGCCGCCGGCCGGCUGGGGGCUCAGCGUGGCCUCCAGCACGCCGUGGAGCCGGGAGGGUCAGCUGCCGCGCUCCACCCUCAGCCACAUCCCCUUCAGGGUGGACCGCUCCGUCAGCAUGAUCGAGGGCCACGGCGGCAGCUCGGGGGUCAGGGAGGACAAACUGUCUAACAUCACGUCACCGAGCGUGCUGAUGCCUCCACCGGGGUUCAACCUCAGCAGCAGCUCCCUCUCCUCCCCUGUGGCCCGACCCAGCCCCCCCUCGCCUCACAUCUCCACCCGCUACAAGACGGAACUCUGCCGCACCUUCGAGGAGAGCGGCACCUGCAAGUACGGCGCCAAGUGCCAGUUUGCUCACGGCAUGGACGAGAUGCGCGGCCUGAGCCGGCACCCCAAGUACAAGACGGAGCCGUGCCGCACCUUCCACACCGUCGGCUUCUGCCCGUACGGCGCCCGCUGCCACUUCAUCCACAACGCAGACGAGAUGGAGGACGCCCCCCCACAGAGGCAGAAGCUGCGGCACAGUGUCAGCUUCGCAGGCUUCUCCUCCAGACAGAGCUUCCAACCGGUGGAGGAGUCGCAGCCUUCCUCCCUCCUCUUCACCCGAGCCUCCUCCGUCUCUCCUCCUCCGUCCUCGGCAGGGAGUCCAGAGCUCCUGUCUCCUCUCUUCCCGGAGCAGGGAUCCCUGAAGCCAUUCCCCUACUCCUUCUCCGGCCUCAGCGACCUGCCGGGCGACUGCGGUGACUCCACCCUGCGCUUCUACGCCGUGAACGACUCCAUCAGCUCCAAGUGUCCCAGCUCAAACUUCACCUCCAAGAACCCCAACCUGCCGUACCACCUCCCCCAGCAGCUGCCUCAGGUCACCCUGAGCGGCCUCUCCGGCCUCCAGCGCUGCUCCUCGGCCGACUCUCUCUCCGAGGAAGGCUACACCUCCUCCUGCUCCCUCAGCUCCUCCUCCAGCGGCACCGAGUCUCCGAGCUUCGAGGGCCGACGUCUGCCCAUCUUCAGCCGCCUGUCUGUCUCAGACGAGUAG